AUGGCACCACCAAAGAAAGAUGCCGCCACAAAAGGUACUCAACAACCAACUCCUCAACAAGAAGAAGAAUCCGAGGAGACAUCAACCCUAUCAACCUUAACUUCUCAAAUCCAACUUCUUGUCACUCAAGUUGGUAAUAUAGGAAAGGAAAUAGGUGACAGAAAGAUUUCACAAGCUGAAUUUGCUCAAAAAAGAAGGCGUAGAGAUGGUGAUCCAGAGAUUGUAACUUGGUUACAAUUGAAGAGAUUAAUGAGGCAAAAUUUUGUGCGCAAGUCAUAUCGAAAUGAGUUGAGAAAUGAACUACAAGAUCUAAGGCAAGGUUCUCGUCUUGUUUGGGACUUUUAUUGGGAAUUAGUUUCUUUGCGUACUAAAUUGCAGUUAGAUGAGUCUGAUGAGUCUAUGGAGGCACGAUUCAUUCGAGGAUUGAAUCGCAAUUUGAGGGAUCCAGUGGAGUUACAUGCUUUGAAGGUACAAUCCCUUGAAGAAUUGGUUGAAUAUGCUGACACUUUGGAGAAACAAACCAAAACCCGUGAAUCAAGGGCUGCCCCUACAUCUUCUAGGCCCUAUUCCGGAUCUACAUCAACCAAACCAAGCCCUCAAUCAAGCCAAAUGAGGCCUGCCCCUACUCGGACUCCAUUUCAGCCGAGAAGACCUCCCACAACAUCAACCGGAUUUCCUCCAAAACCGGUUGCAAAAGCACCUCCACCUAAGGCACAAAAGGAGAAAGAAAGAAGAAAGGAAAGGGCUUUGAAAAAGCCAAUAUCCGAGACCUCUACAUCCUCGGGUAUGGUUUGCGGGGAAAUAAUUCAACUUGCCCGAGGAAAAAUGAUGUUUGCCGAGAGAAUCAACAAAUGCACCUAUUCGGCUAACCCGUUUGCCGGGAAAAGGUCAUUACUCGGACAACUCUUCACCCAGGCCAAAUUUUUUACAUCCGAUGAUCGUUUUGGACAUUUUAUAUUCACAUUAUCGCAGGUAGAACCCAGCUUGUCCGGGAGAUUUUGCCAUUUUCUGAGAGUUUUCUCAAAACGGCCCAUUUUGCCGAGUCAAGAACCCGGGAGAGCCGUUUCAGCUUACCGAUUUGAUGUUGUGGCCUGA